AUGAUGAGCGGAACGGAGGCCUCUCGUCGUACUGGCAGGCGAAGCCACCGUGAUUGGUCGCACGACGAACGGGAGAGCCCUGUGCCAUUCAACGAGGAUAUCCAGGUGCCGUCCUGGGACAACGAAGUCUUCUCCGGCCGCGGUCGAGCCGAGCCCGUCGACCCCGUGUGGGAAACGUGGAUGUCGAGCGAAACCCAGACUGAAGACCAGGAGGGCGAGAAGACUGCGUCCUCGGCCAGCUCGGUGUCCACCUGCCGCCAUUGCACCAAACACAGCGGCGACUCCGGUUCGACCCCGCCCUCCGGCUACCGUCCGUUCUCUGCGGGAGGCAGGCAUAAGAACCCGGCAGUCGGACCUUCGUACCUCCGCCUGUUGGGACUGACGGCACUGGCCGUCCUGCUCGUCGUCGCGGUGGUGGCGACGAACGCCAAGAUAAACCGCAUCGUUCUCGGCUCACUGGACACGGAGUCGCCGGAUGCGACGCGACAGGCGAAACUCGCCAGCCAUAAGCCUUCAGCCACUGAGACCGCACUUCCUGCGACUCUGCUGCCCCGUUUGGCGCGCGACGACGUCGAGACGUCGGGUGAACCGGGAGGCGAUGGCACGGAACUCACUGCGGUUGCAGGCGACCUGAAGAAGUCUAGGAGGGGUGCCGAGGGCACGGCGGAAGAAGACACGGGCGUCACCCGCCGCUCGAGAACUCUGCAAACCAGCACCUCCGAUUCUGGCGAUGGUGGCGACGCCGGGAAAACGGAGGAGGAGGCUUCGGGGCGCUUGCAGUCGAAUACGACUAAGUCCAACUGCCAGGGCGUCGUGUACACCUACUGCCCCGUGGCACGACGCGAGUUCCACUACCGGGCGUCGGUGAAUGCCUGCCUGGCCACCGCGCUGGAUCCGAUGGUGCAGCUGUGCGCUCGCGGCUUCAACAGGUUCACCUCGCGUGCCACCUGCGAGCACAGCUGCGUCUUCGGCUACCGGCCCAAGGACGCCUGCUUCGACACGCCACUGUUCUCUGGCUGCGAAAGGGAGGACGUGAGCGAGAGUUGGUGGUACUUCGAGAGCGGCCGCUGUCGCCCGUGGAGCUUCCCGGCCGGCGCCUGUCCUUCCAACGACAGCGCCGUCUUCUCCACAGCCGACGAGUGCGCCAUCCAGUGCGCGGGCCGCGGCUUGGCUCUGUGCGGCCAGGCCCCGCGACCGACGGCGUGCGGCCGCAAUCAGCUCCGCUUUCCGUAUUUCGCCCACUUCUCGGAGCCCGAGGGUCGGAUGCGGUGCCUGCGCGCCUCGGCCGUGCUGGACGCCGCGCACCGGUGCCUGGCCGGCGACAACCGCUUCGCGUCGCUCGCCGACUGCGCCGAGGCCUGCGCGACGAAGGCGUCGGGACCGGGCCAGAGCGACCGGGGCACGUAGUUCGAGUGAUGCUCUGCUUCCAGCUCGCGUUCGCCGGUGACACCGGAGGGCACGCGCGAGGCGGCAUCCAGCAGGCAGUCCCGCCGUUUGAUCCAGCGGCAUGGCUGCCACUAAACGAUGAAAAUGAACCAUUUUCUUUUUCUGUAUAUAUCUUAAUACAAUAUCGCAGUUUUCGAC